GAUUUGGAAGAAGCACGCACGGCUCCUUCGCUUUAAUCACUUCCAAUUUAUCUGACACUUCCACAGUAAGUGUAAAUGGACAGACUAUAGCCGCUCAGUGGAUGAAGGUGACGUCCCAGUGCAGACGAGCGCGCGUCGCUUAAGCCACAAAUAUAACCGGUUGCGAUUUUUUUAUUGAAUUUCAACAGUAUAUUUUGCAACCUGUCUCAACCUAUUGUUAUUGUUAUUAUUUUUAAAGACUGUUGUUAUUCAAAGACGAUAUGGACACCAACUUCGCUUCGGACAAACUUUUUCCCAAUUCCAACCUGUUGGACCUGGAGGAUCUGAAUGAGAGCGAUUUCUUAUCCAACGUGCACUUCUCAGAGCAGAUGGAGGACUUCUCCAAUGACCUUUUCAACAGCUUUUUUGAUGAUCAUCUGUUGGCGGAGAGGAACCCAUUGCUGGAUAUGGAUCUGGACCCUGCAACCCCUGACAUCCAUGCAGAUCACAGCUACUCUCUCAGCGGGGACUCUGCCCCACAGAGCCCCUCCAUGCCAAUCAAAUCAGACGAUGAUGCAGACCUAGAGGGGAUGUGGUCGUUCAGUCAGAAUCUCACAGCCAUUCUAGUGAAACAGGAGCCAAGUCUGAUGUCUGAGAACUGCCCUGAUAAAGCACCCCCUCAGGUCAACACCAGCACCAGCUCACAGCCCCUUACUCUUGCACCCCCACCACAGAGGAAUCACACAGGAGAGAAGGGCUCCAAAAGUCUUUGCUCAAACUCUGUUCCUGCCAUUAAAGCAGAGCCCAUAGAGGUGAACCAGUUCCUCAGUGUUCCUGCAGAUGAGCACCUGCGGUUGCCACCCACUCCCCCCAGUAGCCAUGGCAGUGACAGCGAUGGAUCCCAGAGCCCACAUUCGCUGCCACCAUUAAGCCCUGCACGCCUGCAGAGCCCACAUUCACUGCCUCCCUCCAGCCCUGCCCGGCUACAGGCCCGCACCUCCGCAGCAAUCUCCUCGUCCCCUCUCCUCACCGCCCCACAUAAGCUGCAGGGAACAUCAGGCCCUUUGAUGCUGACAGAGGAAGAGAAGAGAACUUUGAUCGCUGAGGGAUAUCCCGUCCCCAACAAACUACCCCUCACCAAAACUGAGGAGAAAGCCCUCAAACGAGUGCGUCGGAAAAUAAAAAAUAAGAUCUCAGCACAGGAGAGCCGCAGGAAGAAGAAGGAAUAUGUGGAGUGUUUGGAGAAAAAAGUGGAGAACUAUACUUCGGAGAACAAUGAACUGUGGAAAAAGGUGGAGACACUCGAGAAUGCCAACAGGUCUCUGCUUCAACAGCUGCAAAGACUGCAAGCUUUAGUGAGCGGGAAAGUGCCUAGAUCCUACAAAAUCGCCUCCACGCAGACCGGAACCUGCCUCAUGGUGGUGGUGCUGUGUUUUGUGUUGGUGCUGGGCUCGUUGGCUCCCUGCCUGCCAGAGCUCUCCCUCUACUCUUCCUCCUUAUCUUCAUCAUCCUCACACACGGUGAAGUCUGCACCGCUGCCCUCAGGUGACCUCUACACCACCAGCCAGGUCCGCUCCCGCAGCCUGCUCUUCUAUGACGAGGGUGGCCCAGUGGAGGACGGCCACAGGGGCAUGUUGAGUGUGGAGAGGAUGGAGGGGGUGCCGCGACAUUAUGUACAGGACCUGAAAGAUGCCCACAAGCAGGAUAAUUCUGCUGUUGCAAGCAGGUACUUGAGCCAAGCCCAACCAGAGCCCAUAGGCUACAGCAACACGUCCGCGGCCCCUCUCCGUUCCCUGGACCCACACUACCACUCAAGAAAUCGUGAUUCUGAGGGAGGAGCAGAAUAUUUCUAACCCCUCCACUGACCUUUGAUGACCCUGCACUACUCGGUGAACCUUAUCGUUACAGAUCCUGAGUCUUUUCUCCCCAUCAUAAGAACCAACAAGUUUCAUGACCAUGGUCGAACCCACCUGAAAAUGAUGUUCACCCACAGAACUGUGUAAAAAGAGAACUGUGGGAAGACAAAACAUAUUUAUCCAUCCAUCCAUUUACCCAUCAUAUAUAAUAAAUUGGCUGCUGAAACGCCUCUUUACCAGCAAGCACUGAGUUUGAAAGACUAAGAGAGGGAAAAAGUAGGCGGUUGUGGGCGCUGCUCUGUUUUAAAUGGAUAUGAGUCUGCAGCUCUAAAUCCAACAUUUCUUUAUGCCAGAUGGGGGAGGGAAAGUUCAUGAGUGUUUGUUUUGAUUUUCCUAGAAUGCCAUGAGACUGUCCAUUUAGAACAUAUCCUUACUUAAACCCCAAAGAGCUUAUUUCCUAUUAAUGACUCUCUUUUUAAUCUCUGAAUGUUUUCCAGUAGGUUUAAUCACAGGUGCCUGACGUCCUUUGCGGUUUUAAGCUUUCUUUAACAGGAUUUUCUUGCUUUGCCAUCUUGGCUUUUUUCCCCUAAUAAGUUUAAGCUGGAUUGCACUUGUUUUGCACUAGGAAAACGAAUUGAUUUAAGUGCCUUCACAUUCUUUUCAUGUUGUCAUAUUUAUGAUAAUUCUAACAGCGUAUUUUCUGUCAUACAUCUCUUUUUCUCUGCUUACUUUUAUUGAAAGCUGAUAAAGGCUUUGUUAUUAUUAUUAUUAUUAUUAUUAUUUUUACUUUUAAAAAGGCAGAAGCUUUUGUACUGAAUUAAAAUUUUAUCCAUAAUAUAUUUCUAGUAUUUUCAGCAUCCAAAAAUAGCAUAUUUAUUUUAUGCACAAAAAAAGUAUGAUAGUUGUUGUGGGCUUUAAAAAAAAAAGAAAGAUGAUGUAAAGUUUACAUGAUCUUGAUGUCAUAACUGUUAAACAGUUUUUUUUCUUUUAUCUUUAUUUCUGUGUAAAGAAAGUCUUGUAUAUAGAGAGAAAAAUGAACAGGAACCAUCAAAUCAUGUGCAUGUUUAACCAUGUUCAAUUAUAUCUGAAUAAUUUUGUCAAAACGUGUUAUAUUUUCAAGAAAUCCACAAUAUUGGCUAGAAUGAAAAGGAGGAAAGGUUCAGAACAUAGACUGAAUGAAAACACCAACAAGCAGUUAUCACAUGUAGGAAAAGUAAACUUAUUUGGAAUAUUAUUUAAAGCAAAUUCCUUUUUCUGCUAAUGGAAUAUGCCUUUUAAAUGUUUAUUUAGACUGUCUUUAAUGUGUACCUUAGAGAACUGUUUGACCACUGUAAAAUUCACCACAUGUAUCUGGAAGUCAGUAGUGCAGUUUUUGUAAAUAUGUUUAAAAAAAAAAGGAAAAAAAUGAUUUCUUGUUAUGUCAUAGAUGUUGGUGUUUAGUAACAACUUGAUCAUAUCAAAAUCAGUUUCUUUUGUUCUAAAUAGUUUUUCUUGAUGUCCUCUGUCACUUAAGUCAAAUGUUUUUUUUUUCUUUAUUGUACUGCUAGAAAUGACCACUGAUAGUCAAAAUAUUGUAAUACUUGAGUCAAGUGUUUGCCUCUAAAUUAUAGUAAUGAAACUUGUACCUGUCAUAAAGGAAUCUGUGACUGUCAGUUUAAUAAAGGUACUCUGUGGUAUCUGUGCCAUAAAACAGUGGAAAACUGGGUGUGACUGCCUAUGAAAUUGAAGAACUAGAUAGCUUCUUAUGUUCAGCGUGAAACUGAAAUCAAACAUUUGUUUUAUGACAACACCCUUGAUCAUGGCCUUUGUUACUGUGAGGAUAUUGUUGAGAUUUGAUUGUGUGUUUAUUUGAAUGUUUCAAAGAGGCUAAAUGGAAAUCUUACGUCUUCACUGCACAUACUGAGUAUACAAAUCUAGUCUCAAACCUGUAUGACAGAGUUUAUACUUCAAAUGUCAUUGUUGCCUUUUUGCCUUUUGUAAAUAUGACUGAUGUUAAAUGUUGGCUGUAAAUAUGGAGGACGUAUUUUUAUAUUUCCAAUGCAUUUUGGUAAGCACCAUGCAGCUUGGGGGCAUGUGAUUUUAUUUUUAUCUGUGUAUGGAUAUUGCUGUAAAGCUUCAGUGCUAUAUAUCAAUGCUCUGAGCUCCUCUUCUGUCUAGCUAUUUCUGUCUGUUCUAAAGUAGAGUUAGAAUGAAGCAAAAUACAAAAUUUGC